AUGGCGGCGGGCGAGGAGCGGAGCCGCGAGUACCUGCGGCGGCACCGGCUGCCCGAGCUGCUGCACCGCCUCGGAGCGCUGCUGCUCUUCCACCGCCCCGAAAAGCCCCGCGAGUUCCUGAUCCAGGUGCUGGAGAGGGUAAAGGCUGGGAGACGAGCCGAGGGCGAGUACCCGUUCCUCAUGGACGAGGCCAACGUGGACGCCAUGUUCAGCCUGCUGGAUGUCCUGGGCCAGGGCUACAUCAGGGCAGCGCAGUACAGGGAAGCUCUUAAAACUUUGGGACUGAGCACUGAGGAUUUGGAGCUGGAAGACAAUGAGAUAAUCACAUUGGAUGUAUUCAAGGAAGGAAUGAAGAAAAAGAUGCUGGAGAGCUGGUCUGUGUAUUAGCUUGAGCAGUGGUCUGCUAUAUAUAUUAAAAACAGGCAUUUUCCCCAAUUUUUCUUCUGGUUUGUCAGCUGUGAAGAAUCGAUUUUAAGCAACACUCUUUUUCUCAUCUUCUCUGCCCUUCAGAAGAGCAAUCAGCUGAAAAGGACAAAUGACAAGAAUGUGCUCAUGUCUAGCAGGCACUGGAGGGAGUAUUGUUAGGAAUUGCUGUUCUUAGAUGGUUAUAACAGAUAGAUAUAAUUAGAUGGUUAAAAAAAAAAGUAGAUCUCUCUCAUGCAACUGAAAUAGUAUUUUGGAGUUUCCUCCUUCAGGUUAUAGUUUACAGUAAAGGAUUGCUACCUGUUGGCUCAUUACCAGUGAAUAAAAUUAAGUUGGUUUUUGGACUUCU